AGGAUUGAGGAAGUGCGUCUGGGCCCUGCAGGAGACAAGCCGGGCAGACGCUGGUCUGACCGCCAGGCCCGAGGCCGGGCCCGCUGCUGUAACCCGCCCACGGGAGCCCCCAGCCCGCAGCGCUGGCGCCGGAUCCCGCCCGCCGCAGGAUGCGACAGUCUACCAUGCUGCUCCACCAUGACUGUGUGUCCGUGUUUUAGCCCCCACACACAGUAUCUGUGGUAGUGACAACAGCAAACCUGCUUUUGGAUAUUGGCUGCCUCGAGAGUUGAUAGCUGGCAUGUCACAGAGACCACCCAGCAUGUACUGGUGUGUGGGGCCAGAGGGAUCUACCGAGUGUCCAGGAGGCGCCAUGGAGACCCAUAAUGGUGCCAGAGAUAUGGGCAGCAAACUGUCUGCGCCGGGUGAUGACUCCACAGUACGGCCCCCCAGCACAGAAGACAUUCACACUGCCUACAAGCAGAGAGACCUCUCCCGGGCCCGUGACCUGCUCAGGGAAGCUUGUGAAGAGAGUGAAUCCCAGCUAGAGAAGGGUCAGCUACUGAGCAUCUCAGCAGCCCAUGGGGAUCUGGAGAUCGUUCGAUACCUACUCACAGAGAAACAUGUAGAGCUGCCAACAGAGCCCACGGAUGACAACCCAGCUGUGGUGGCAGCACAUUUUGGACACACUGAAGUUGUACAGGAAUUGCUAGAGUCCUUAUCAGGUUCCUGCAGCACCCAGAGACUGCUGAACUGGAUGCUGGCCCUGGCUUGCCAGCGAGGGCACCUGGAGGUUGUAAAGCUGCUGGUCCUGACACAUGGGGCUGACCCAGAGAGCUACGCUGUCAGGAAGAAUGAAUUCCCCGCCAUCGUGUGCUUGCCCCUCUAUGCUGCCAUCAAAUCAGGGAAUGAAGACAUUGCCAUAUUCCUGCUACGGCACGGGGCCUUUUUCUGUUCCUACAUCCUACUGGACAGCCCUGACCCCAGCAAGCAUCUGCUUAGGAAGUAUUUCAUCGAUACCAGCACCCAGCCUAGCAGCUGCCUUGGAAAACCAGCACUUCGGGUGAGAUGGUCCCAUCUCAAGUUGCCCUGGGUGGAUCUCGACUGGCUCAUAGACAUCUCCUGCCAGAUCACAGAGCUUGAUCUCUCUGCCAACUGCCUGCCUUCCCUCCCCUCAGUCAUCCCCUGGGGGCUCAUCAACCUGAGAAAGCUGAACCUCUCAGACAACCACCUGGGGGAGCUGCCCUAUGUGCAGUCAUCUGAUGAAAUCAUCUGUUCCAGGUUACUUGAAAUUGACAUUUCCAGCAACAAGCUGUCCCACCUUCCGCCUGGAUUCUUGCACCUCUCAAAACUUCAAAAACUGACAGCUUCAAAGAAUUAUUUGGAAAAGUUGUUUGAAGAAGAAAAUGCCACUAACUGGAUCGGCCUGCGGAAGCUGCAGGAACUUGAUUUAUCUGAUAAUAAGCUGACCGAGCUCCCUGCCCUUUUCCUGCACUCCUUCAAGUCGCUCACCUAUCUGAAUGUUUCCAGAAACAGCCUGAAGGCCUUUCCAGAUCCCUGGGCCUGCCCUUUGAAAUCUUGCAAAGCCUCCAAAAACAUCUUGGAAUCGCUGCCAGAAAAAAUGGCUGUCUUUUGGAAAAAUCACCUUAAGGAUGUGGAUUUUUCAGAAAACAUGCUAAAAGAAGUUCCUCUGGGUCUUUUUCAGCUUGAUGCCCUCAUGUUCAUGAGGUUACAGGGGAACCAGCUGGUGGCACUGCCACCUCAAGAGAAGUGGACUUGCAGACAACUCAAGACCCUGGACCUCUCCAGAAACCAACUCGGCAAAAAUGAAGAUGGGCUUAAAACAAAGCGUAUCUCAUUUUUCACCACCAGAGGGCGCCAGCGUUCAGGGACUGAGGCAGCAUGUAUGUUAGAAUUUCCAGCUUUCCUAAGUGAGUCUUUGGAAGUCCUUUGUCUGAAUGACAACCACCUUGACGCAGUUCCUCCUUCAGUUUGCCUUCUCAAGAACUUAUCAGAGCUCUACCUGGGAAACAACCCUGGCCUCCGGGAGCUCCCUCCUGAGCUAGGUCAGCUGGGAAACCUCUGGCAGUUGGAUAUUGAAGAUGUGAACAUCAGCAACGUGCCUGCAGAGAUCAGGAAAGAAGGCCCCAAAGCAAUACUGUCUUUCCUGCGUGCUCAGCUGCGCAAAGCAGAGAAGUGCAAGCUGAUGAAGAUGAUCCUCGUGGGCCCCCCACGCCAGGGCAAGUCCACACUCCUGGAGAUCUUACAGACGGGGAGGGCCCCCCAGGUGGCACACAGCGAGGCCACCAUCAGGACCACCAAAUGGGAGCUCCAGAGGCCCACAGGCUCCAAAGCCAAGGUUGAGUCCGUGGAGUUCAAUGUCUGGGACAUCGGGGGCCCUGCCAGCAUGGCCACAGUCAAUCAGUGCUUCUUCACCGACAAGGCCCUGUACGUGGUGGUCUGGAACCUGGCACUGGGGGAGGAAGCUGUGGCCAACCUCCAGUUUUGGCUGCUCAACAUUGAGGCCAAGGCCCCAAAUGCUGUUGUGCUGGUGGUCGGGACACACUUAGACCUAAUUGAAGCCAAAUUCCGAGUGGAGAGGAUAGCAACACUGCGUGCCUAUGUGCUGGCACUCUGCCGCUCACCCUCAGGAUCCAGAGCCACAGGCUUCCCAGACAUCACAUUCAAACACUUACAUGAGAUCUCCUGUAAGAGUCUAGAAGGACUGGAAGGACUUCGGCAGCUGAUUUUCCACAUCACAUGCAGCAUGAAGGAUGUGGGUAGCACCAUCGGCUGCCAGAGACUCGCUGGCAGGCUGAUCCCCAGGAGCUACCUGAGCCUGCAGGAGGCAGUGCUAGCCGAGCAGCAGAGCCGCAGCCUGGGUGAUGAAGUACAGUACCUGACAGACAGGCAGCUGGAGCAGCUGGUGGAGCAGACACCUGACAAUGACAUCAAAGACUAUGAGGACCUGCAAUCUGCCAUCAGCUUCCUCAUAGAAACAGGAGCCCUGCUGCACUUCCCAGACACCAGUCAUGGCCUGAGAAAUCUCUACUUCCUUGACCCCAUUUGGCUGUCUGAAUGUCUACAGAGGAUCUUCAACAUCAAGGGCUCUCGUUCAGUGGCAAAGAACGGCGUGAUCCGAGCGGAGGACCUCAGGAUGCUGCUGGUGGGGACUGGCUUCACGCAGCAGACUGAGGAGCAGUACUUUCAGUUCCUUGCCAAGUUUGAGAUUGCCCUGCCUGUUGCCAAUGACAGCUACCUCCUGCCUCAUCUCCUUCCAUCCAAGCCUGGGCUGGAUACCCACAGCAUGCGGCACCCAACAGCCAACACCAUCCAGCGGGUGUUUAAGAUGAGCUUCGUCCCCGUUGGCUUCUGGCAAAGGUUCAUAGCACGGAUGCUGAUCAGCUUAGCUGAGAUGGACCUACAGCUUUUUGAAAACAAGAAGAAUACUAAAAGCAGGAACAGGAAAGUCACCAUUUAUAGUUUUACAGGAAACCAAAGAAAUCGCUGCAGCACAUUCAGAGUGAAGAGAAAUCAGACCAUCUACUGGCAAGAAGGGCUGCUGGUUACCUUUGAUGGAGGCUACCUCAGUGUGGAAUCCUCUGAUGUCAACUGGAAAAAGAAAAAAAGUGGAGGAAUUAAAAUCAUCUGCCAGUCAGAAAUGAGGGACUUCUCAGCAAUGGCGUUUAUUACAGACCAUGUCAACUCCCUGAUCGAUCAGUGGUUUCCUGCCCUGACAGCCACAGAAAGUGAUGGAACACCACUCAUGGAGCAGUAUGUGCCCUGCCCAGUCUGUGAGACAUCCUGGGCCCAGCAUGAAGAUCCAAGUGAGAAGUCAGAGAGCGUACAAUACUUCGAUAUGGAAGACUGUGUGCUGACAGCUAUUGAGCAGGACUUCAUCGCCUGCCCCAGACACCCAGAUGUCCUAGUGCCACUACAGGAGCUAGUCCCAGAGCUGUUCAUGACUGACUUCCCAGCCAGGCUCUUCCUGGAGAACAGCAUGCUGGAGCACAGUGAGGGUGAAAGCAGCAUCCUGGGCCAAGGUGGCAGUGGCACAGUCAUAUACCGGGCCCGGUACCAGGGCCAGCCUGUGGCUGUGAAGAGAUUUCAGAUCAAGAAGUUCAAGAAUUCUGCUAAUGCCCCAGCAGACACCAUGCUGAGGCACCUGAGGGCCAUGGAUGCCAUGAAGAACUUCUCAGACUUCCGGCAGGAGGCCAGCAUGCUUCAUGCCCUGCAGCACCCCUGCAUCGUGUCACUCAUUGGGAUCAGCAUUCACCCACUCUGCUUUGCCCUGGAGCUCGCCCCACUGAGCAGCCUCAACACCGUGCUUUCUGAGAAUGCCAAAGAUUCUUCCUUUAUGCCCCUGGGACACAUGCUCACCCAAAAAAUAGCCUACCAAAUUGCCUCGGGCCUGGCCUACCUACACAAGAAGAACAUCAUCUUCUGUGACCUCAAGUCAGACAACAUCCUAGUGUGGUCCCUGGACAUCAAGGAACACAUCAACAUCAAGCUCUCAGACUACGGCAUCUCACGCCAGUCCUUUCAUGAGGGCGCCCUGGGUGUGGAGGGCACCCCCGGCUACCAGGCUCCAGAGAUCAGGCCUCGCAUUGUGUAUGACGAGAAGGUAGAUAUGUUCUCCUAUGGGAUGGUGCUGUAUGAGUUGCUUUCGGGACAGCGUCCUGCACUGGGCCACCACCAACUUCAGAUUGCCAAGAAGCUGUCCAAGGGCAUUCGCCCCGUUCUGGGUCAGCCAGAGGAAGUACAGUUCCAUCGACUCCAGGCGCUCAUGAUGGAGUGCUGGGACACAAGGCCCGAGAAGCGCCCACUGGCUUUGUCUGUGGUGAGCCAGAUGAAGGACCCAACCUUCGCCACCUUCAUGUACCUGCUGCCCUGCGGGAAGCAGUCAGCCUUCUUCUCCUCCCAGGGCCAGGAGUACACCGUGGUGUUCUGGGAUGGGAAAGAGGAAUCCAGGCCAUCAUGCCAACUUAGGGAGCGAGGUGGCACCCUGACCACCAGGAACAGACCACAUGUUGUUGCCAACCACAGGAAUUACACAGUGGUGAACACAGAGAAGGGCCUUCUGGAAGUGCAGAGGAUGACCUGUGCUGGGAUGAAGCUGAGCUGCCAACUCAAGGUCCAGAGCUCAGUGUGGACAGCCACCGAGGAUCAAAAAAUCUACAUCUAUAGCCUCAAGGGCAUGUGCCCAUUAAGCAUGCCCCAGCGGGCCCUGGACACACCAGCCAUUGUCACCUGCUUCUUGGCAGUGCCCAUUAUUAAAAAGAACUCCUUUGUGGUGCUGGCAGGCCUGGCUGACGGACUUGUGGCUGUGUAUCCUGUGAUACGGGGAACCCCAAAAGAAAGCUGCUCUUACCUGUGCUCACACACAGCCAACAGGUCUAAGUUCGGCAUCCCGGAUGACGACUCACGGCAGAACCCUUACCCAGUGAAGGCCAUGGAGGUGGUCAACAGUGGGUCUGAGGUCUGGUACAGCAAUGGGCCGGGCCUUCUCAUCAUUGACUGCCUAGCCCUGGAUAUCAGCAGGCGGCUGGAGCCCUACACAGCCCCCUCCAUAGUCACCUCAGUUGUGUGCAGUUCAGACUGCAAAGGGGAGGAGGUGGUAUGGUGUCUAGAUGACAAGACCAAUUCCUUGGUGAUGUACCAUUCAGCCACCUAUCAGUUGUGUGCCCGAUACUUCUGUGGGGACCCCAGUCCCCUCAGGGACAUGUUUCCUGUGAAACCCCUGGGCCCAGAAGCCCCAGACACGCACAUAACUACCCCAAAGGAGCCUGAGGAGGAAUGCAUUGCAGAUGUGACCAUCAUGUACAGCGAGGAGCUGGGCACGCAGAUCCUAACACACCAGGACUCAGUCACUGACUACUGCUCUAUGUCUUCCUACUCUUCAUCCCCACCUCACCGAGAUCCCAGGUCCCCUUCCAGCCUGCCCAGUUCCCCAACCAGCUAUUCCAGUGUGCCUUUCUCCACUGAUUACGAGCCCAGUGUCACCUCUGACAGGUCUGAUCAUGACCUGACCCCCAUGGAUGGGGAUACAUUCAACCAACACCUGCAGGCAGUGAAGGUCCUUGCUGUUAAAGAUCUCAUUUGGGUCCCCAGGCGUGGUGGAGAUAUUAUUAUUAUUGGUGUGGAGAAGAAUUCGAGUGCCCAGCGGGGCCGAGUCAUUGCUGUAUUAAAAGCACGAGAGCUGACUCCACAUGGGGUACUAAUGGAUGCAGCAGUGGUGGCAAAGGAUACGGUGGUGUGCGGCUUUGCAAAUGAAAACACAGAGUGGUGCCUGGCUGUCUGGAGGGGCUGGGGCACCAGGGAGUUUGACAUCUUCUACCAAUCGUAUGAAGAGCUGGGCCGGCUGGAAGCUUGUACACGCAAGAGAAGGUAAUAGCUGUGGAAGGGCCUGUGUGGAGCCAGCAGGCCCAUUGCUGCUGCCUGACCCCUCCACUACAGCUCUCCAAGGGCUUAGAAGACAAUGGAGUUCUCUCCCAAACCUGUGCUGCUAAGAAGAGAUGAGAAGCUAUUGGCCUGGUAGUGUUUGGGGAGUUCUCAGGUUCUGUAGAGCAGUUAGCUGACUAGCUGCUCCUCUUAUUGCUGAUUUUACAGCCCAAGGAAAACUACAAGGUCUUAUUGAGAGAGGCCUCCUCCUACCUCCUCCAUGGGAUUCCAGGAGCGGGGGAAGGUGACCCCCAUUCUAGGACUUCUUGGCAUAAUGAAGGGGCCCAUCCAUUUUCAUCUUCAGGCCUCAGAUGGAAUUACACUAGAGACUCUCACUUAAGGAGCAGUUCAGGGAAGGGUGGGAAGAGGGCUGUGACCCUUGGCCCUCCUCUCCCGAAGACCCCAGGCUCUCAGCCCAUAUCACAAGGCCUUGAGCCCCUGGAGUGUGGGGCCCAGCUUGGGCAAGCUGAGAUCAAAUGUCUGCUGCUUGGCAAAGGCUCUGUGUGGGAAACCCCCAGAAGGACCCUGGGCAAGGAGCAUUGCCCAAUAAUGGGGAUGAAUGGGCUCCUUUAAGAGCCACCACCGGAAAGCCCAGUACAAGGGCGCCUGUUCCCUUUACAUUCUUCUCCACCAACAAAAGGAAGGAGAAACCCAAUCAGUGGGCCUGGAGAAAGGGCCUGUGUUUAUAGCUUGCUAAAAUAAACUUAGACACAGCUGGAGCACAAGCCCUGUUUGUUUGCAUAUCAUAAUCUUGUUUAUCACUUUAACAAAUUAAGUACUAUCUCAGUGGUUAGUCCUGGUUGUGAAAUCCCAUCGUAUAGGACUUAUACUGAAUUAUGUAUUUGCUAAACAUUUACUGCCCACAUGGACAGCAGAUGAUGAAAAGUGAAAUUGUUAACAGGGUAUAUGGGUACAACAGGGAACAUUUUAUAAAUUAUGUGCACACACGUGUACACACAUCUACAUCUUUGCCAAGAGUCACUCUUGGAGACUGCUUAACCUAGAACUCAAAUUUGAACAUGAGGUUGAGGUUGUACUUAGCUCGUGUUGUUGAACCUUUUCUGGAAUUAAAUUAUAAAAGCCAAACUUAAGAUUUGCGGGGAUGUGCAGACAGAUGCAACUCCUUUUAUCUGAAAAUAAACAGACUCUCAAGAAUGAAA